AUGAACCUCAUUCAUGCCAACAAUCGCUGGGAGCAAUUGCGUGCUGUCGAAGCCGAUCUUCUGAGUCCACCACCUGCAGACCCAUUCCAAUGUUAUCCAGAAGGAUGGUCGAGAGCCGCCGAUUUGAAAGAGAACGAAUGGGAAAGAAUUUUACUACGAGAGAAGUCUGUCAGUCCAGCGCCACGUGCUCAUUCUCCUGGAUCAUUCAGAAGAGCAAUCCGGCGGAUGGGCCAGGCUCGACAAAAUCGUCCCGAUCCAGUGCAACUUCCGGAGCGACGAGCUCGGCAGCCAGUCAAUCGACAAGAAGCACCUGCUCCGGUUGAAAAUGCUCCAGAAUUACGUCGUCGAGCGAUCUCCCCAACCCAAUUGCCAGGCGUCCGUGCCAUACCAAAGGACUACAACCGCUUCUUCCGUGGACUCCUAACCCCUGGAGAGUACUUUGCCAAGUCGCAAACCCGGUACCUGGGACCAUUCGAAGCGAUGCCCACUGUAGAAACCCUUCCAUCAGAUGACGAGUACGUGAUUCUCCAGCGAAUGGGUCGGCUACCGGACAGUGGAAAAUCAAUCUUCCGACAAGUUGGCUCUCUGUCGACACGAAUUACUAAUUAA